UGGGCUGUUCUUUUGGGCGGGAAACUGACGACAUGAACUGGAGUGCCUGUACUGAAUAAGAUUUUGAAGGUUUGGGAUUCUUGCAAGGAUAUUAUUCUUUUUAUUGAUCAGAAACAAUGGCCUUGGCUUUUUCUGUUAAAGUGGUUCUUGGCUCAAUUGCCUUUGCAAUCUUCUGGGUAUUGGCAGUUUUCCCUGCUGUCCCAUUUCUACCAGUUGGGAGGACAGCAGGGUCCUUACUAGGGGCCGUGCUUAUGGUUUUGUUCAGAGUCGUAACCCCAGAUCAAGCAUAUGCUGCAAUUGAUCUCCCAAUCCUUGGUCUUUUAUUUGGUACUAUGGUUGUCAGUGUCUAUCUUGAAAGAGCAGAUAUUUUCAAAUAUUUAGGUAAGUUGCUUUCAUGGAAAAGCAAAGGAGCUAAGGACUUAAUUUGUAGAAUCUGCCUGAUUUCUGCCAUUUCAAGUGCUGUUUUCACCAAUGACACCACUUGUGUGAUCUUGACUGAAUUUGUGUUAAAAAUUGCAAGGCAACAUAAUCUACCCCCUCAUCCAUUCCUGCUUGCCCUUGCCUCAAGUGCCAAUAUAGGGUCCGCAGCUACACCAAUUGGAAAUCCUCAAAACCUGGUUAUAGCAGUUCAGAGUAAAAUUUCCUUUGGGGAUUUUCUUAUUGGAAUUCUACCUGCAAUGCUUGUGGGAGUCUUAGUGAAUGUUUUACUUCUUCUAUGCAUGUAUUGGAGAUUGUUAUCUGCUCAGAAGGAUGAAGAAGACGCAACUGGAGAAGUUGUAGCUGAAGACGAUGUGAUUUCUCAUAGGUUUUCACCAGCUACAAUGUCACAUUUUCCAUCUUUGAACUCUCAAGAAUGGAACUCAAGAUUGGAAUCCAUGAAUGUGCAAAGCUCUCCCAACGGGAAUGGAAGCACAGCUCAUCCUGACUCCCUUAGAAACCGAGUAAUUUCAGCUGAUCAGAAUGAAAUCCAGAGGGUACCUGGUGGUGCAACUGAUUCUGCAAAGAAUUCAAAUGCAUCAAAGGAGGCACCAACAGAUGCUGUUGCUUCAAAGAUGAUUGCAACAGCGGAUAGCUUGAAAGAUGCACUUUCUGCGCAACCUUCAGAAGAAAAGGAAAACUUAUCCACAAGGUGGAAAAGGAGGUUUUGGAAAUUCUGUGUUUACUUUGUUACCGUAGGGAUGCUGAUUUCUCUGCUUAUGGGUCUCAAUAUGUCCUGGACUGCAAUUACCGCAGCACUUGCUCUUGUGGUUCUUGAUUUCGAGGAUGCUCGGCCUUGCCUAGAAAAGGUGUCCUAUAUGCUUUUAAUUUUCUUCUGUGGAAUGUUUAUCACUGUCGAGGGGUUCAACAAAACUGGAAUUCCAAGCAGCCUUUGGGACUUGAUGGAACCCUAUGCAAAGAUCAAUCAUGUUUCAGGGAUAGCAGUUCUAGCCAUUGUAAUACUUGUCCUGUCGAAUUUGGCUUCAAAUGUACCAACUGUUCUCUUGCUCGGAGGGCGAGUGGCAGCAUCAGCAGCUGCAAUUUCUGCAUCUGAUGGGAAGAAAGCAUGGCUUAUUUUGGCUUGGGUCAGCACUGUUGCUGGGAACCUGUCACUAUUGGGAUCAGCUGCUAACUUGAUAGUGUGUGAACAAGCUCGUCGUACUCCACACCUUGCAUACACAUUGUCCUUCUGGAAACACAUUAAGUUUGGAGUUCCUUCCACGCUUAUAGUCACCGCUAUUGGUUUGACACUCAUUAGAUGAUUAAAUAAAUGUACUUCAAUAAGAGGCUCACAUAAGAAGGGAAGAAAUCCCGCUUCCACUUUCUUGUGAGCAUUUCUCUCCAGAGA